CUUUCAGCACUUUCUUUCGGGAUGCGGUUCCCAACCUCGACCCAGCUUUUCUCUCUACCCCUACGGUCGACAAAACCACCUUUUCUUCGGGCAAGCCUUGUUUACUCCAGAAUGGCUAGCAGCUCUGCGUUCCAAGCUUUGAAGGACUCGUCCUUGAUAAAAACCCAGGGUUUCAUCGACGGAAAGUGGAUCGAUGCGAAGGAUGGUGGAAAGAUCAUUGUCACUAACCCAUCCACCGAUGAGGAGCUGGGAACGGUUCCAGAAAUGGGAGUUGCUGAGACAAAAGAGGCCAUAGAGGCUGCCUCCAAGGCCUUCAAGUCUUGGGGAAAGACCACAGCCAAGUACCGACAUGACAUCAUGGUCAAGUUCUUCAACCUCAUGACGGAAAAUGCGGAUGAUCUGGCUCGCAUCAUUACGCUUGAGAACGGUAAAGCCUUCGCAGAGGCGAAGGGCGAAAACACAUAUAGCGCGUCCUUCAUCGAGUGGUUCGCUGAGGAGGCUGUUCGAACAUACGGAGAACACAUUCCCUGUGCCUUUCCUGGUGUGCGCAACGUCACAAUUCAACAACCUGUUGGUGUUGUCUCAAUCCUUACUCCCUGGAACUUUCCUUCGGCCAUGAUCACUCGUAAAGUGGGAGCCGCUCUUGCCGCUGGAUGUACGACCGUCAUCAAACCACCGCCGGAGACUCCCUUCUCUGCACUGGCCUUGAUAGAACUGGCCAGGCGCGCAGGUGUCCCGGACGGAGUUAUCAAUGUCGUUACCACGCAAAAGAACGUCAGUGAGGUGGCCAAGGAGAUGUGCGAGAAUAAGAUCGUCAAGAAGGUCUCGUUCACCGGCUCGACUCCCGUCGCUAAACUGUUGACCGGUAUGGCUGCCCAAACACUGAAAAAAGUGUCUAUGGAGGCAGGUGGCAAUGCUCCUUUCAUUGUGUUCGACGACGCGGAUAUCGACCAGGCUAUCGAAGGUGCAAUCGCUUGCAAGUUCCGUGGAACCGGGCAGACCUGCGUUUGCGCGAACCGUAUCUACGUCCAGUCGGGUGUCUACGCCGAAUUUGCCUCUCGUCUCGCUGACCGUGUCGCCCAAUUCAAAGUCGGUGACGGUCUCACCGAUGGAACAACACACGGCCCCCUGAUUCACCACCGCGCCGUCGAAAAGGUCCAAUCUCACAUCAACGACGCCGUCUCAAAGGGUGCCCAAGUCCUCAUCGGCGGCUCCAAACUCCCCCGCCCAGGCUCCUUCUUCGCACCCACAAUCCUCUCCGACGUCCCCUCUACCGCCCUGCUCAACACCGAAGAAACCUUCGGCCCUCUCGCUGCUCUGACGAAGUUCGAGACCGAGGAGGAGGUGAUCAAGUUGGCUAAUGACACGGAUUACGGACUCGCGGGGUACUUCUUCUCGAGGGAUAUCGGGAGGGUGUGGAGGGUUGCGGAGGCGUUGGAGGUGGGCAUGGUGGGUACGAAUACGGGGAUGAUUUCGCAGGCGCAGAUUCCGUUUGGGGGUGUCAAGGAGAGUGGGCUUGGACGUGAGGGCGCCCACGGCAUUUCGGAGUACAUGAACACCAAGUUUAUCGCCUUCGGAGGGUUGUGAUGGUGUAUAAACUCAGACUGCUGAGUCGACCUCACUGGCCGAGAAUGUGUUCACUGCUGUUGUCCUUGCUAAUCUGAAGCACUUAAAUUUGUAUUUGUACAUGUCCUCGCAGAAUAUGUUGAAAUAUAUCCGCUGCUUCUUCUAUCCAAUCCAGAUUGUACAAAAUCAUAAAACCAACACGGGUAUGGACUCCAGAGCAUACACACAAUCACAGGCCCUUGCCUUCCUCGACGAAAGUGUUGAAGAGGGAGCCGAUGCCGCCGCCGAUGGAGACGUUGAUGUUGUCGCCGUGCUUGCAGUAGAGCGGGGGCUUCAACACGAAACCAACGCCCUUUGGUGUGCCGGUCAUGAUUAUGCUGCCCGGCAAGAGCGUCGUUCCUUGGCUGAGGAAGGAGACGGUCUGCUUGACGGUGAAGAGCUGAUUAGAUGUGUUCCCGUCCUGCAUCGUCUUCUCGUUCAAAACGGUCUUGAGGGGCAAGUUCUGAGGAUCACCGAUUGCGUGAGCCGCAACUAUGCAGGGUCCGAUGGGUGUAGUGUCGUCGAAACUCUUCGAAAAACUCCAUUGCGAGACAUUCAUUUGAUGGAAACGGAAAGAAACAUCGUUGCCGACGGUGUAGCCCAGAACAUAGUCAAGCGCCUCGUCCUCUGAGACGUUUUUUGUAGGUUUGCCGAUGACGAUGGUGAGCUCGACUUCAUAGUCUGGCAACUGCUGGUCAACGGGCUGAGCUACCUUCGGAAUGACAAUCUUCGCCUCUGGUCCAAUGAUCGAGGUGGCCGGCUUGUAGAACAAAACGGGAGCAUUUGGCUUUGCCAUCUUCGCCUCGGCGGCAUGGUCUGCGUAGUUAAGUCCUAAACAGCGCACAAUACCGACUUGCUCGCGGGAUAGAGGCGAGAGGAUUUGUUUGACGGUGAGGACGUUCUGCGAGACCUGAGCGGCAGGGUCGAAUACUGAUCCUAGAAUCUCGUACGCCUUGACGGGUUGGCCGUUGUGAAUAGCAAGACCGACAUCGAGCGCCUUGUCGACAGGUUCACCGACGUGAACCUGCGAGGUCUCUGUAGCCACAAAGCGAAUGAAUCGGGUCCAUGGUGUUAUAAUCGGAGACAUGGUGGAAGUAAG